UGUAUGUGUGUUUGUGUAUGUGUAUAUUAUGUGUAUAAUUACACGCGUCAUAUUUUAAGCACUAAUACUGUAAUGCAUGGCUGAUCAAUCGCAUCAGUACUAGUUGAGCUGGGUCAUACUUGGGGGAGAGCCGUGGUACAGAUCGAGCUGUGAAGCUAAUGAGUGUAAAGGUUGUUUGUGGUUUAAAAAUCGUUUCUGUUCAACCAUUCAAUACAUUCGUAUUCAUUGACAAAGAAUCAAUGUUAUUCUUUGGUAUACCUGAUACACAGUUGCACGAGUAAUGUUUACUCGAUUAAAUAUCAUUUAUGCUGAAGUGUUCAUCGUGAAUUUAACAAGUGGAUUACCACGUUCUGAUGUAAAUAUAGGAUCUGUACAACGAUUAUUUAUCCUCUCUAAGCAACAGGUUUGAUAUCAUGGGUAGGGAGAUUAAAGCCGCAGGAAGGAAUGGGAGCAACACACGGCGGAUACUCGAGCGUGUUUUUCAAAAGAUCCGUACCAGCACUGAAUACAGAGACCGGGUCCUAUUGACGCUUUGCAUCUACCUGUCAUUCGCUGUAAUAGGUGGCACCAAAGGACAGCUUGGCCCGGCCUUACUGGACCUGAUAGCUAUUUCCGGUGUUGACCUGUCCCAGGGAGCAUUCAUUGUAACCUUUCUGUACAUUGGCUAUACUAUCGGAGCCAUGUUGAAUGGCGUCCUGUACCACCGCUUCCGACGGACAAGCCUCUUCGCGUUCUGUUGCUGUUGGAUGGGAAUCACAACUUCAGUCAUUCCUUGGUGUUCCGUAUUUCCUCUGAUGCUUGGAAUGCAUGCGUUGUUGGGCUUAUUUCAGGGUGUUGUCGACGCAGGUGGGAAUGCAGAAGUUAUCAAGUUAUGGAAGAAGGACAGUCGCACGCUAGUCGUUGGACUUCAUCUCGUAUUCAACAUUGGUGGGGUUCUGUCGCCUAUAAUAAUUGCUCCAUUUCUCAUGAAAAAUCCAGCACUACGGAAUUCCUCAGACUAUAAACAAGAUUUCUCCAGUAACAACAAUGGUGCUAACUUCACAAUAAACCAGCGUUACACACUUAUGUAUUCCCUCACAAACUCAUCAACUACGUCCGAAAACACCACUGUUGAACUAUUAGGUCGAGAAGAAUUCACUUCCAGAAUACACAUUGCUUUUAUCAUAUCAGCUAUCGCAUGCCUAGUUGUGUCAUGUCUAUUUAUGUUUCUCCAUUUUUCGAAGAAAUUCAAUCUUUUUAAGCAGUCGAAUAAUAUAACAACCGAGGUUCACGACAUGGAUGGCAAUGUCAGUAAAACGGACAAAACUACAUUUAAGAUCAGCAGAACAUUUAAAAUGGUUGCGCUUUUUGUCAUGAUAGCUAUAUCAACGCUCUGUAAAGCGAUAGAUCACGCAUUCGCUGCGUACCUGUCCUCCUACUGUGUCGAUGCCCUUGAUUGGUCGACACAAGUCAGCUCAUAUCUGACGUCAGUGUAUUUCGUGAGUGUUGUGAUAGGCGGGAUUUGUGGGACUAUUAUGACCAAAGUGACGUCAUUGGUUAUUUACGAAGGAAUCCAAGUCGUGCUGGUGCUCGUUUCUUUUGUCUGUCUAUCAUUCAGCAUCACAUACUCGUCAUCAGUCGGGAUUUGGAUCGCAGCCUCACUUUUCGGUUUUUCUAAAUCUGUCAUAUUUCCGUUAACGCUUGCAUGGACAAAUGAUACAUUUAUUAAAAUUUCAGGGGAAAAUCUCUUCAGUAUUUUUCACUUCGACAAUGGCCGGGAGUGUUACAAAUCCUCUUUUGCUUGGGUUUAUACUGACCAAAUUCUCAAAAAUGUGGUUUUGUUAUUUUUUUCUUUUUGAAUCUAUUCUUUUAUUAAUAUUUUAUAUUAUUGCUGUACUUAUGACAAAACAUGCAAAGCAAGUUUGCAGUGGUCCUGAUGAUGAACAUUUUGAUACUACAUAACAUGUAUUUUAGAAUGUAUCCUCUUGAUUUUAAUUAAGAAAAGUAAAUGCGCUUAUCCUUUAAUAAGUACUGUUUAAAUCGCAUUCCCAGUUUUCAGCCAAAUAUCAAAUUUUGUAAGAUGUGUGCUAUCAUGAAUUUGCACCUCUCACUAUUGGUAUAGAAUAUUAAGGAAACAAACCUUGAUCUUAUGCAAAUAUGAGACUUCCAUAGAAUAUAUUCGUCCAUAGUUAAGAGUAUGUAUAUUACGGCAUUGAUGUGAAAUACAAUGCUGUAGACAUUCAGUCUAUCCAUGUCUCUGCUGCUUAUCUAAACCGUGGCUAGCAGGUAGUUUGUGUGUCAGGUCGCAUUUUAAUUUUCUUUCACUGUUUCCAUACGGCAAUAUAUGUACAUUUACAAUAUCACAUUUUAAUGGGUUGACAACGCUUCGAGGGUCACGAGGUAUAUUUACACGUGCUGCGGCAUGCGCAGGUGCUUUGCAUUAGACGGUGCUUAAUGAUAUUUCUUAUUACUUGUGUCACAUUUGUGCAUAGAUAUACAUGUCAUCGUUUAUGUAUUAUGUUAUUUUCAAAAUAUUUUUAUAAUAUUGAUAUCAACAGAUAAGUACAAAGUGGAAAGUCUGAAAGUUUUCCAAAGGUGCCUUAUAUAAAAGAUUUGUAUAUCAGUGUAAGGAUCUAAUUGAAUAUUUGUUAAGUGCAUGUGUAGUUCUUUGUUACUGGAAACGAAAAUGGGGCUAUAUUUGUUAAUUUAUCAUAAUAAAAUAUUACCAAUGAAGCAUUAAUUUGAUGAUACAUGAUGCAAGGUUUAUCUUUGGUCUUCUGAAAUAUAUAUAUAUUGUAAUGUUACAUAUUUUAACUCUAUACAUGUAUAUUUUAGCUUGAUAAAUGAACAAUCAGUCGUUUACCAUUUACUUUGCUAUUCCUAUUACGUGUUGAGUCAGCAGUUCUAACGAAAUGUCAUUCAAGUUACAUUUAAACUAGCUUUUUAUUCUAGAAUGAAUAAAAUAUGAAUUAAAUGGAACAAUCAACAUUUUCGUUACACUGUACACUGUACUUUUCGAUAUAAUUCGAUAUAAAAUUCGAAUUCGUGUACAAUUAGCGAACAUAAUAAAUAACAACAUCAAAUAAAAACAAAUCUUUAUUUAUGUAUUAGAUACGAUGUAAGUAAUGUAGAUAUAUGAUUCUCUAUCAAUAAUAAUAUUACAUAGUUAAUUAUAGUGUGAUAGUAUCACUCCAGCAUUAACAGCUAAUAUGAUAUAUAAAUGUGUAGCAGUAUAUAUAUCUCUCUCUCAAAUGUUCUGUUCAGGACAAAAUUUAAAAACAAAAA